AUGAGCAGCAUCGAGACCAGCUUCAUGGAGCCAGUGAAAGUGAUCUCGCCGUUCGUGCCACAAACUUCAAUCAGCACAUGUGAUGCUGAAGGCCCAGUGGAGCGUGCGAUUUCAAGUUCCACAGCUUGCAGCAGUGAGGAUGAUUCCUGCGUGAAGCGGCAACGGCUUUGGGCUCGCGCUAUGGACUCUCGCUGGAAGCUGUCCCGGAAGGAUCUUCAGAUGAAGCGGGAGCUCAGUCGAACCCUGAAAAGCACACUGUACCAGGCAAGCUGGCAGGGUGUGGAUGUGGUGGUGAAAUGUGCUGGGUUGCAUGACGACGUCAUGUCACAACAGGUGCAGUCGAACCACGAUCCACAGACCUCCCUCGCACGAUUCCCGAGCGACGCGGAGGACAAGGAAAUUACAGACGAGCUCUUGCACGAAAUCGACCUUCUGUCGUCUCUGCGGCAUCCGGACCUUGUCAUGUUUCUCGGGGCUUGUCUAGAUCAGCAGCUGCCAACUAUGUGCGUCACGGAGUUCUUGCCGGGUGGUGACCUGGAGCGCUACUUCAUGGCCCAGCGGAAGAAGCAUGAUGUGGCCAUCUGGCGGCCUGGCUUCCAGCAGGUGCUGCAGUGGAGCUUCAGCGUGGGGCGGGCCCUGAACUUCUUGCACGACCGCGGAGUUGUGCACCGAGACCUGAAGCCGUUGAACCUGCUGCUGACAAAGCACCUGGAAGUCAAGGUUUCUGACUUCGGCAUCAGCAAGCUGAUGAGCCGAGAAGGAGACGGAUCCGAAGUUUAUUCCAUGACCGGCGGAGUUGGUAGUUGGCGAUACAUGGCACCGGAGGUGGUGCGGCACCAGGCGUAUGAUGAGAAGGUGGACAUCUAUGCCUUUGGCCUUAUCAUGUACUUCAUGAGUUCCGGAAGGGCUCCCUUCCAUCAGCUGGGUCUUGAUCCGGAGGUCAUCUUGCAGCAGUACUGUCAAGGCAAAGAGCCACGACCGAUGGCGCUGGACUGCCACACCAAGCUGCGCCCCUUGAUGGCACAGCGCGGGGUUCACGUGCACUUCGACCUCGUCCCUGCGGCGAACAGCGAGAUGUCCACUGGGCCUUUGCGUUCCUGCGACCCGACAUUCGAAAGUCAAGCAUGGGAGCCAUGUGUGCCGCCCAGUCAGAAAGUCAACUGCUUCUGGUCCGAUGCUGCCCGCCACGACACUAUGAGCAGCAUCGAGACCAGCUUCAUGGAGCCAGUGAAAGUGAUCUCGCCGUUCGUGCCACAAACUUCAAUCAGCACAUGUGAUGCUGAAGGCCCAGUGGAGCGUGCGAUUUCAAGUUCCACGACUUGCAGCAGUGAGGAUGAUUCCUGCGUGAAGCGGCAACGGCUUUGGGCUCGCGCCAUGGACUCUCGCUGGAAGCUGUCCCGGAAGGAUCUUCAGAUGAAGCGGGAGCUCAGUCGAACCCUGAAAAGCACACUGUACCAGGCAAGCUGGCAGGGUGUGGAUGUGGUGGUGAAAUGUGCUGGGUUGCAUGACGACGUCAUGUCGAAUCACGAUCCACAGACCUCCCUCGCACGAUUCCCGAGCGACGCGGAGGACAAGGAAAUUACAGACGAGCUCUUGCACGAAAUCGACCUUCUGUCGUCUCUGCGGCAUCCGGACCUUGUCAUGUUUCUCGGGGCUUGUCUAGAUCAGCAGCUGCCAACUAUGUGCGUCACGGAGUUCUUGCCGGGUGGUGACCUGGAGCGCUACUUCAUGGCCCAGCGGAAGAAGCAUGAUGUGGCCAUCUGGCGGCCUGGCUUCCAGCAGGUGCUGCAGUGGAGCUUCAGCGUGGGGCGGGCCCUGAACUUCUUGCACGACCGCGGAGUUGUGCACCGAGACCUGAAGCCGUUGAACCUGCUGCUGACAAAGCACCUGGAAGUCAAGGUUUCUGACUUCGGCAUCAGCAAGCUGAUGAGCCGAGAAGGAGACGGAUCCGAAGUUUAUUCCAUGACCGGCGGAGUUGGUAGUUGGCGAUACAUGGCACCGGAGGUGGUGCGGCACCAGGCGUAUGAUGAGAAGGUGGACAUCUAUGCCUUUGGCCUUAUCAUGUACUUCAUGAGUUCCGGAAGGGCUCCCUUCCAUCAGCUGGGUCUUGAUCCGGAGGUCAUCUUGCAGCAGUACUGUCAAGGCAAAGAGCCACGACCGAUGGCGCUGGACUGCCACACCAAGCUGCGCCCCUUGAUGACCGCUGCAUGGCACGUGAACCCUAGUGAGCGGCCCACUGCCACAGACAUGUUGGAGAGCUUAGAUCUUAUUGCGCACAGCAAAUCGUCCUGCGCACCAUGCGCCCAGAUGUAG